GUUCAAUCUCACAUCAUACAGCAACAAUGGCGCAGAAUUUCGCUCCUAUGAAAAAUGACCUCAUUCUCCGCACCGCAAAGGGCGAGAAUGUCGAGCGUGCACCCAUGUGGGUGAUGCGGCAAGCUGGACGCUACCUGCCUGAGUACCACCAAGAAAAGGGCAAGAAUGACUUCUUUGAGUGCUGCCGCAGCCCCGAGAUUGCCUCGAACCUUACCCUUCAGCCCAUCGAUCGAUAUGCUGGCCUUGUUGAUGCCGCGAUUAUCUUCUCCGACAUCCUCGUCAUCCCACAGGCAAUGGGCAUGGAGGUCAUAAUGGUAGACAAGAAGGGGCCUCACUUCCCCGAGCCACUUCAGACACCGCAAGACGAACAGUACAAGGAGGUUAUGGAGCGCAACGUAGAUGUGAAGGAGUCACUCGACUACGUCUACAAGGCCAUUACUUUGACGAGGCAGAAGCUUGACGGUCGAGUGCCCUUGAUUGGUUUCUGUGGCGCCCCUUGGACACUGUUGAGCUACAUGGUCGAAGGCGGUGGCAGCAAGAUGUUCAUCCAGGUCAAGACAUGGAUCUACAAGUACCCCGAGGCUACCAAGGCGCUGCUUCAGAAGAUUUCUGAGCUUUGUGUCGAGUACCUAGCUCUGCAGGUUGUGGCUGGCGCUCAGAUGGUUCAAGUCUUCGAUUCAUGGGCAGGUGAACUUUCUCCUCAGGCCUUUAAGGAGUUCUCCCUGCCAUAUCUCAACUACAUUGCCGAUAACCUUCCCGCGCGCAUCAAGUCGAAGGGCAUCGAUGAGGUCAUUCCCAUGACCGUCUUUGCUAAGGGGGCAUGGUACGCACUGCCAGCGCUCUGCGAAUCGAAAUACAACACCAUUGGUUUAGACUGGCUCCAUGACCCAGCUGAGGCCUAUCAAUUGGCACAGUCAAAGGGCAAGGUCCUGCAAGGCAAUGCGGACCCAGGCAUCCUGUACGGCAGCCACGAGUCGAUUACAAAGGUGGUCGAGAACAUGGUCGCUGGAUUUGGUGGAGGAAAGAAGGGUUGGAUCGCCAAUCUCGGUCAUGGCAUCACACCGUUUGUCAAGCCGGACGAUCUGAAGUUCUACUUCGAGGAGAUUCAUAGGCUGACGACAUAAUACCACACAUGACAGAUCUGCAGCCAGAGAGCGCGCAGAACUUAUUCGUCUUCUCCAAUAUCCUCAUUCCAGUCUCCGGGCUUUUCCUUGAUAAAUUUCUGCAUCAGCAACUGGCACUCCUCGUCCUGCAGCACCACAACCUCGAUGCCCUUGCUCUUCAGAUACUCUUCGCCGCCAACAAACGUCCUGUUCUCUCCAAUGACGACUCGCUUGACCUUGUACAUCACACAUGCACCGGUGCACAUGUCACAGGGUGAAAGACUGGUGUACAUGGUUGCACCUUGGUAAACUGAGGCCGGAAGGCGUCCUGCAUUCUCCAAAGCGGAAAUCUCUGCAUGCAGAGUAGCACUGCCUUUCUGAAUACGCAUAUUAUGUCCCUGGCCAAGUA